GUAACUGCGGUCGUGGAAGUCGUCGCUGACGAAACAGAUAUUGUACAAUGCUUACACGGCCGUACUGAGUAUACUGAGCCUCAUGUUCACCUUGUCCCAAUUCAUGGAGCUCGUACUUAACGUCAGCAACGCGGACGAGAUACUAUACAUGGUACUGAUCGGGAUUAUGGGGUCUGAAGAUCAUCACGAUAAAUAUCAAUCAUCAGACUUUCGUGGCUAUGGUCGACAACUUGACCGUGGAGCCGUUCAAGCCGAUGGAAAAGAACGAAACGAUCAUCCGAAGAAGGUUUAACAAAAUGAUAACGUGAGUAUGUGAUCCCCAGCGAUUCACCAUCCUCCCUUCAGUUCUUUCUUUCCACGAACGUAAUCCACUGAUAAAUAUGAAAAAAAGAAUGAUAUCGGUUUUACGUGAGUGAUUGUCCCGAUGUGGGCGAUAGCGUAAAGUUUAGAGAUAUUUCUGGUAUUUGAAAAGAGUACGUAAACAUUGUAACUUGAACAGUAAGUCCGAUCGAAAAAAGAAAUGAAAGACGCGCAAGAAGGUAAGAGGGUCGCAAUCUUUAUAGGAAUAUAAGUUUCGCUACUUAAUGCUUAUCGUGAUUAUCGCUUUCUACAUCACUCUGAUCUCGUUGUUCACGGACUUCAGAAGACGGAACUUAACGUUUAAAGCGUGGUUCCCGUUAGAUUACUCGGUCAUCGUGAUAUAUUACUUCUUGUACGCUCAUUAAAUGUUCAGUAUGCUGUUCACCAGUUUUUUGAACGUCGCUUGCGAUAGCCUCUUUUCCGGGCUGCUGUUGCAUCUUUCUUGCCAGAUUGAGAUCCUGGAGUACCGACUGUCGAAGGUCACCAAUAAUCAGAGUAUGCUACGCGAAUGCACAUCUCAUCAUAAUCGUAUAUUUGAAUUCGCCACUAUGCUAAACGAAAGAUUGGCUAUUAUUAUCGGCAGCCAGUUCACAGGAACCUGUAUGGUGGUGUGCUGCCUGCUGUUUUGCUUAGUGAUGUCGACAUCCAGUGCCAUGUACAUUCAGACUCUCAUGUGUCUGUCUUGCGCGUUGUUAGCGAUGUUCUAUUAUUGCUGGUUCGGAAACGAAGUGAAGCUGAGGAGUUUGGAAUUCGCGGAUAAUAUCUACAAGAUGGAGUGGCCAAAUCUCAACAACAACGUGAAGAAGUGUCUUGUGAUAAUUAUGAGCCGCGCGAUGGCGGCGUCUAUUAAGUUCACCAGCGCGUAUAUCGUCCCUCGGAAUCUCGAGUCUCUUGUGAUGGUUAGUUUGACUAGUCGACCGUCGUGUGAAUGUGCUCAAAACUUCAUAUUCGGUUUUCAACCUGAUGCAUCAAAUGUAAGAGAUGUACAAUCGGGAAAUCUCACGUCUGACAGGACGACAGUGAUCACUCAAAAUCGUGGAUUUAGUCGCUUCACUUCCGUGGAACGAUGUUUUAAAAGCUUUAUCAAGUUCAUGAAUAUCGUGCUGAACGCCAAAAAUUCCGACGAAUUCACCGACGCCUUGUACAUGAUGCUGACCGUGUUGGUCGCGGCCUACAAGCAAACUUACAUAUGGGUGGACCGCAAGAACGUCAUGGAGAUAAUCAACCAGCUCACGGAGAGACCCUUCGCGCCGUGUGAGCCGCAGGAAGUGAUGAUACGACAAAAAUUCGACAAAAGGAUACAGAACAAGAUGAUGUACUACUUGAUCCUUGUGAUGAUGUCGAUUACAUCGAUACUUCUGACGUCUUUCUUCACGGAGCUAACGAAGAGGAAUCUGACGUACAAAGCAUGGGUGCCGUUCGACUAUACGUCAUCCAGCGUCGUGUUCUUUCUCGUGUACACUUACCAAUUGAUAGGCAUGUCAACCUCCGGUUUAGUAAACGUCGCUUACGAGAGCUUAAUUUGCGGAUUCCUGUUGCACAUCUGCUGCCAACUCGAGAUCUUAGAGCAUCGAUUGGCGAAAAUCUUGCCGGGCCGCGACGUCCUGGGCGACUGUGUUUAUCAUCACAACCGCAUUUUUACAUACGCGUAUAGGGUGAACGACAUGUUCGCGAAGAUAAUCGCCCUCCAGUUCGCGGUGAGCAUGCUGGUGGUGUGCUCGAAUAUGUAUCGAAUAGCCAUGGCGAAGAAUUACAUGAGCUACGUCCCGCUGAUGUUUUAUACGAUUGCGAUCUUGGCACAAAUCUUCAUCUACUGCUGGUUCGGCAAUGAGGUCAAGUUAAAGAGUCUUCACUUGGCCGAUAGCGUUUAUAACAUUGAGUGGCUAACGCUUAACGGCAGGAGCAAAAAGUCACUCCUGAUAAUCAUGGAACGCGCAAGGAUUCCGAUUGAAUUUAGCAGUGCAUACAUCAUCACGCUGAAUCUAGAAUCGUUUGUAUCAGUGCUUAAGAUGUCGUAUUCGAUUUUUAAUUUGCUGCACCAGACUCAAGAAUGAUAAUGUGGUUAAUAGUAAGUAGGAAAUUGUUGGCGUCAUCGUACUUAGAAAAUUACGUACGAGUCGUUGUACGUAAUUCC